GCUCCAGGUGAAGCGAGCCGAGAGAGGAGCAGCUUCGGCGGCCGGGGGGGCGUAAGCAGCAGCCGGAGCGCUGGGACCCACCGCCGCCGUCGCGUGGAGCAGCGGGCAUGCGGGCUGGCGGCAGUGGGCACCGUGGGUAGCCCUCCUCAACAUGGGGCUGGUUUGCCACGGUGCCAGAAGCUGCCCCGUCUUGGCUAGCGGCACGUCGGACUCCUGGGCUCCGGAGCGGCCGUUGGGGGGUGGCACCGGCGGGGCUAGGAUGAUUUCGGGCUCGUUAAAUCCGCCCCGUUUAGGGAUCGGAGGGAAACUCCUGCAAGGGGUCACCUCCCAUCCCAGCGGCGUCGUCGGAGGGGGCGUCGGUGGGAGCAGCCCCGGUCCCAGCCCGGGCAACGCCACGCACUGCGGCGAGCAGAUCCUGAGCUACGGCAACGUGGAGAAAGUGGUGAUCGGGGCCGCCUUGACUCUCAUCACGCUGCUGACCAUCGCGGGCAACUGCUUGGUGGUCAUCUCGGUCUGCUUCGUCAAGAAGCUCCGCCAGCCUUCCAACUAUCUCAUCGUCUCGCUGGCUUUGGCCGACCUGUCGGUGGCCGUGGCCGUCAUGCCCUUCGUCAGCGUCACCGACCUCAUCGGCGGCGAGUGGAUCUUCGGCAGGGCCUUCUGCAACAUCUUCAUCGCCAUGGACGUGAUGUGCUGCACCGCCUCCAUCAUGACCCUCUGCGUGAUCAGCAUCGACAGGUAUCUUGGCAUAACUAGACCUCUCACCUAUCCCGUAAGACAAAAUGGAAAGUGUAUGGCUAAAAUGAUCCUUUGCGUGUGGCUGCUGUCUGCUUCCAUCACUUUGCCCCCGCUGUUUGGUUGGGCUCAGAAUAUUAAUGACAACAAAGUCUGUUUAAUCAGCCAGGAUUUUGGCUACACAAUUUAUUCCACUGCUGUUGCAUUUUACAUCCCCAUGUCGGUGAUGCUGUUCAUGUACUAUCAGAUCUUCAAAGCUGCCAAGAAAAGUGCAGCCAAACACAAAUUUGCCGGUUUCCCGAGACCCAACGAACGCCAAGGGAUGGUUUCCGCCAACGGCGUCGUGAAACUGCACAAGGAAUCCGAAGAGUGCACCAAUUUUUCACGUCUGCUUAAGCAUGAACGGAAGAACAUUUCUAUCUUCAAAAGGGAGCAAAAAGCCGCCACCACCCUUGGAAUAAUUGUAGGGGCCUUUACCGUAUGCUGGUUGCCAUUUUUCAUCCUUUCUACUGCUAGACCCUUCAUCUGUGGGACCUCGUGCAGUUGUAUCUCUUUGUGGAUUGAGAGGACAUUUCUCUGGUUGGGUUAUGCCAACUCUUUGAUUAACCCAUUUAUAUACGCCUUCUUCAAUCGGGACCUGAGGACCACCUACCGCAACCUGCUGCAAUGUAGAUAUAGGAACAUCAACCGUAAACUCUCAGCUGCAGGCAUGCAUGAGGCCCUGAAGCUUGCCGAAAAACCAGAGUUUGUUCUGUAAGGUCAUUUCCCUUCGAUUACACUUGCUUUUAGGUUCCCAUAUAGACUUUCUGUCCCAAAUAAAACCAAGAAUAGAACAAACGAUCUAAAAAUAGAUUGCUAGACAUUUCUCGAUUUAUGGGACCAAAAAGGGUCUCGUGAGAAAUUACAGGGAAAGUUGACAAAAAGUGAAGGACAUCCCAAUUGUUGAAACAAAGUAA